AUGAUUUUACCUUCUCUCACAAUUCUAUGUUUACUGACAUCUUUAAUAAACUGUCGUCAAAUAGAGUUCGAUCAUGAUUCAAAAGUCAUUCAGCUGCAACUACUUAAACCAGCUGAUAGAAGUCUACAGAAAAGAUCUAAAAGUUUUGAAAGUAAACUAAAUCCACAGGACUACUUUUAUACCGUUGAACUUGGUGUAGGUACACCAUCGCAGAAAAUAAAUUGUAUAUUCGAUACUGGAUCGUCAGAUUUAUGGGUACCGGCUAAGAGUAAUCCAUUCUGUCUAGGAAACAAGCUAGAUACAAAUGGUACUAAUGAAUUCCAUGGCACAGAAAUAACACCAAUACUGGAUUGCGAUAAGAUUGGCGUUUUCGACCCAGGUUCGUCCUACAGUCUGAGUGCAACUGGGUAUAAUUUCUCCACUCAGUACUUUGACGGCAGCUAUUCAGAUGGGUUUUGGGUCGUCGAUGAUAUUUCAAUUGCCGACCAGCAGGUCCCAGAUCUGCAAUUUGCAGUUGCUAAUAUAUCAAGUGCUCCAUCAGGUGUACUAGGUGUGGGACUUCCUAGACUGGAAGCAGUUCGUGGAUACGAUGGAGCCCCCAAUGCGAAUUACGAUAACUUUCCGCAGACACUGAAAAGUAAUAGAUUGAUCAAUAGGGUGUUGUACUCGUUGUAUUUCGAUAGUGGAGACCUAGAAAGUGGAACAGUGCUCUUCGGAGGUAUCGAUGAGAAAAAAUACGAUGGUGUGCUGUAUACUUUGCCAUUAGUCAAUAUAUAUGAACAGAUUGAUGAACCCGCUGCUUUUGAUAUCACUUUACAAGGACUUGGAAUAAGAAGUGAAUCGAAUUGUAAAGAUACUGUCAUCGCGCAUAAAAAGGCCCCAGCACUACUUGAUUCUGGUAGUACAAUCAUGGGAGCUCCUCAAGAGGCACUAGAAAGUAUUGCCCAAGAACUGGGCGCUGCAUUCUCGGAAAGCGACGGGUUGUAUGUGUUAGAUUGCCCAGCAUCCAAUGAUGAUCGCACAUUUUAUUUCGAUUUCGGUGAAUUGAAACUGAAAGUGCCAAUACAUGACCUCUUAUAUCUACCUGAAUCCGGUCAGAAUUAUUGUGGGUUGGCAAUAAUUGCGAGUGGCGAAGAGUGGAUCCUGGGGGAUCUUGUUUUGAAAAGCGCAUAUGUAGUAUAUGACCUUGAUAACUUGGAGAUCUCUAUUGCCCAGGUAAAAACCACGAGCGGGUCAAGAAUACAAACAGUAAGUGCAACAGGCUCUCUGCCUCAAACUAGAAAAUCAAAUUCUACCCCCUGGAGUCUGUCUGGCAGUACCAACUCAAGUACAGACUCUGUAUUUGAUAAGCCUUUACCUAAGAAAUGUCAAAAAUCACCCUCUAAGACAUGUCCGGCAAAGAAAAAAGGAAAUAAAAGAGAAGUCUUAAUCAAUAUACAUGACAAUCUAAUUAUGCUUGAAAACUCUGGUUCUUCUAGUUUAAGACCAUCCUAUCUGCUUUGCGCAUUGUUAGUACUCUUCCAUUCUCUCCUAUGA